UAUACCGCGUACCGUCGAUACCAGCGCAUAUAUUUACGAUCUGGCGAAAUAAAAAAUACAGGAACUCUUCAGACUUUUGUUUGAUCUUUCCCCUGAUAUUGGAGUGAAUUUUUCAACAUGCUUCCUGCGAGAAAAGCUGUCGGUCUCGGACUGUUAAACAGAAUUCUCUCGACGAGCAAGUCGAGACUAUCACAGCACGUUGCACCGGCCAGCAGCUUUACUGCCGUAAAUGAGCCGAUCCUAGACUAUGCGCCUGGCAGCUCUGAAAGGAAAGCAGUCGAAGAAUCUCUGAAGAGGAGAUGGGGAACUCAAGAAGACAUUCCCUGUGUGAUCGGAGGAAAGGAGAUCUUUACUGGAAACACAGAAACAGAAGUAGCGCCUUUUGAUCAUCAGCACGUGCUUUGCAAAGUACAUUAUGCUGACAAGAUGGUGAUUGAGACGGCCAUCAAAACGGCGCUGGAGGCCAGAGAUGAAUGGGAUAGGAGACCGCUGCAGGAGAGGGUUGCUAUUCUUGUGAAGGCUGCAGAUCUGGCUUGUGGUAAAUACAGAGCGGAGCUUGCCGCUAGCUGUAUGAUGGGACAGGCUAAGACCGUCCUCCAAGCUGAGAUCGAUAUUGUCUGCGAGCUGGCCGACUUCUACCGCUUCCACGGACAGUACGCCCUCGACUGGUUGGAAAACUCUCAGCCCAUCAGCACGUCUGAGUCGACAAACACCAUCCAAUGCCGAGGUCUAGAAGGUUUCGUGGCUGCCAUUGCACCUUUCAACUUCACAGCCAUCGGAGGCAACUUAGCUGGCACUCCUGCAAUGAUGGGUAACGCUGUGGUAUGGAAACCAAGUCCAAACUCUGUCUACUCGUCCUAUGUGGUCUUCAACAUCUUAAGAGAAGCAGGAGUCCCGGAUGGUGUCAUCAACUUUGUACCAGCCGAUGGACCUGUGUUUGGAGAUACGGUCACCAGCAGUCCUGACCUGGCUUGCGUCGCUUUUACUGGCAGUACUGGAACAUUUAAGAGGUUAUGGCAGCAGGUCGGUGACAAUCUGAACAUCUACAAGACCUUCCCAAAGAUUACUGGAGAAUGUGGUGGCAAAAACUUCCAUCUUGUCCACCCAACGGCCGACUUGGAGUCUGCCGUCGUAGGAACGCUGCGCUCUGCCUACGAGUUCGGAGGUCAGAAAUGCUCUGCUUGCUCCAGAGUCUAUGUCCCACAGAGUAUGUGGCCUACAUUCAAGGAAGGGUUGAUCGAGAAGCAGAAACAAAUCAAACUGGGAUCACCACUGGACUUUACCUCAUUCGUCUCCGCUGUAAUUAACGAACCGGCAUUCAACAAAGUGAAAAGCUAUGUGGAUUAUGCCAAAGGCUCACCUAAUGUCACGAUUCUUGCUGGUGGAACUUGUGAUGACAGAGUGGGUUACUACGUGGAGCCGACCCUGGUAGAAGUUUCUGAUCCGGCCGAUCGCAUGAUGAGAGAGGAGAUCUUUGGACCCGUAGUCGCUGCUUAUGUUUAUCCAGACGAAAAGUAUGAAGACAUCGUGAAAUUCAUCGACUCCACGUCACAUUAUUCCUUGACUGGUGCCCUCUUUGCCGGAGACAGCAAAGUGAUUGAGGACACAUGCUCCACCCUUCGUGAUACCGCUGGUAACUUCUACGUCAAUGAUAAGAGCACCGGGUCGGUCGUGGGUCAGCAGCCAUUUGGAGGUGCAAGAAAUUCAGGUACAAACGACAAGCCAGGUAGCUCCCUCUAUCCUCUCCGCUUUGUGUCGCCGCUUACCGUCAAAACCACCCACGCUCCUCUACGAGGAUGGCGUUACGCUCACAUGAAUGAAUAAAUCAGACAAAUUGGACUUUAAUAUCUCUUUCUGCAUUUGUAUUUCAAUGUCAUAUCAUGUAUGGAGAGCCAAAAAAGCAUCACUUUGUGUUGAAGUAAAUGAGUCUGGCUUUAAAUGGACGAUGCCAUCGACUGAAAUGUGCAUGCUGUUGCAAGCUGUGAGAUGCCCAAACAUCCAUGAAAGUUUUUGUUGUGCAAAUCAUACAUGCAGGGAUGCCAAUUUUCAGGCAAAAGCCCUAACUCAGGCCCUAGCAAUUUAUUUUCAUGCCAUACAUGUAGUUCAGGUCUUUUUGUGUACAAAAUAGCUCAUUCUAGGUGAUUUUCAGGCCCUCUGAUCAAUUCUAACUGGCAUCCCUGUAUAUGACAUAUUGUAAUGUUGUCUUCAUGCAGACUUAUCUUGAUGAAAAGACAUGAGAUAUAUAUAUAUAUAUAUAUAUAUCCCAUUUACCGCAUCAUGUAUUUCUAAUCAUACAGAUCUAUGUGGGUCUUUGUAAUGUAAAAUGUUAUGUCGGUAUCCAAAGAUAUGUGAUGCAAUAAUAGUGUCAUCUUCCCUUUCUAUGUUUCUAUGUCAAUUGAGUCAAAAAUUGAUUAAGGUGGCAUACUAAAUGCUGCGUGGUCGUGUAGUCCACUGAUUUAAGAGCUGCUAAGUGUGAAGCUGUUUAUUCCGUAUAAAAUCCUGUAAUUUGUAUUGAGGAAUGGACAAAUCAAAUGAUUACCGUCAUGGAAUAAAAAUGGUAAAUUAACUUGAUGCUGCCAUGAUUUUAAUUGUUUAUGUAGUUACAGAAGUAUAGUAAUUGUUGUGGGAUGAGGAGAGUGAUUAUUUGUGCUCCUUAAAUCACUGAUGUUGGCAGGAAAUGAUAACCACAAGAAUGAAUGAACAAUAGAAUAUUAACUUGUGAUAUGAUGUUGGCCUUUGUGAUCUGUACUCUGAGAGUACAGAAUACCCUAUGGUGUAAAGAUAUUUUCAUAUUUCUAAAUUCUAAACAGAGAAUAUUGGAAUGCUAGAAUGAUUUUUUGGCCAGUCUAUACUAUGUUCAGGAUUAUCUAUGGUUAAUAUGAGAAAAGAGCCAUCACAUGACAUUAAAUUAUCUCAUAUUCUUCUACGACUUGGCAACACUAUCUGAACCCUACGGACAGCAUAUUUAAUUUUUAACCCCAAAAUGAUACUUUUUAUUCAAUAUUUGACAUGAUUUAUAUAUGUUUAGAAUAGACGCCUGUGGGAAGUUUCAUAAUCAUGUUGUACAUGUCAUGCAAUCAUGUAUUUUAAACAGUCCAAUACUAUAAUUUUUACUCACAGAAAUAAACAUUUCAAAUGAGAUCUUCUAUCAUGGUAAGGCUGUUUUUUAAAGAGAAAUGUAAACAGAAAGUAAAGACUUAUUUUUCUUUCCACUUUUUAAUUUAUACUAUUUUAACAUUUAUAUCAAGAUGUUUGUGAUAUGAUUUGUGACAAUUAUAUUUAUGAAAUGCAAACAUGAUCCUAAGUGAUUCUUAAUUUUACUGUAUUUUGGCAAUGUUUUGAGUGAGAAUGCUUUAUUUCUUGGGCAUCCUUAAAAUCCUAACAAUUCUUAAUGGGUUCAUUACUAAAAAUUGAUUGGGAUUAUCAAUCAUUUUUGGAAAUCUUACACACAAUUCACUUCAAUUAUUCUUUUUAUUCAUCAUUGUAUGAAAACUACAUGAAGUGGUAAAGUCUUACAAAUAUUAAUAGAGACAAAUAUGGAAUGAUAUCCGUUUUUCGUCUGACUUCUUUCUCGGCUACACAAAAUGCUGCCUUCACGCCUCAUAAACUAAAUCAGAUCUGUUUAUUUUUUUGUGGGCAAUACAAUUUCCAUGUGAUUGACCUUUACCCAUUACCUACUGGAAGCGGGUGGUCUCUGUAUCAAGCCUAUGGGAAUAAGAGAACUCGGUACUCAAUGAGUUAAAAAAUAGAAAUAGUUGGUGAAGUCAGUAAGCCUUUGGGUAAUAUAUAGUGACUUGAUAUCAUGACUUAAAAUGCUACUACCAAUAUUUUGCUGAACAUGAAAUAAUUAAAUAAUAUACUUGAUUGAUGGUAAUACUUGUAUGUAUGUGGCAUCGUUAUGUGUGAAAUAUAUUUUGUCUAUUAAUACAUAAAGAUAUUGCAAAUUUAA